GCCAGGGUAGCCGCCUCACCGCCUCCGCGUCGUGGCUGCGCGCCGGUGGACCCCGCGAGUGCGUGACAGUGUGUGUGCGCGUGUGAGUGCGGAUUCGCGUCUGUGUGUUUUGGGGUGAUGAUGUGCGACGGACUGAGGACGUUUGCGACCCACCGGGGAGGCCCCCCGCGUCCGCCGCAGAGACUGUCGCCGCCACCGCCCACCCUCGUCGCCCUGCUGGUGCCGCUGCUGCUGGUGUUCCUGUCGCCGUCGUGUUCCGCGGCCGGGACGCCGCUGACGCUGUCGGAGGGCCGCGCCAUCCUGGACAAGUGGCGGCCCCUGGUGCACGGCGCGGUGGCGGUCAAACUGGGCGAGCUCAACUACCAGGCGUCCGUGCGGCUCUACUCCCCCGCCGCCAACCAGCACGUCUGCGGCGGCGCCGUCAUCAGCGCGUGGCACGUCCUCACGGCGGCCAGGUGCUUCUCGUACGGCGCGGCCCUCGCGCCCGAGGCCGUCUUCGUGGUGGCCGGCGCCGUCCGCCGGUCCGCGCUCAACGAGGGCGACGUGGAGACCGCCGUCAGGAAGGUGGUCAACAUCGCCAGGCACCCCGAGUUCAGCUCCAGGGAGCAGCGCCACGACCUCGCCCUGCUCACGCUGAGCACGGCCCUGCCAGUGGAGCGACUGGGGCGGGUGGGCGCCGUGCCGCUUCCAGUGGGGGGCAUCCGCGCGGACCUGGCCUCCACGUGCGUCGUCAGCGGCUGGGGCAACAACACGGCGCAGACGGCCCAGGACGCGGACGCGCUGCUGUCGGCCGAGGUGCCGUUCGUGGACAGGGAGAUGUGCCUGCAGAUGUUCGAGCCCCGCGUGCUGCCCAAGGGCGUCAUCUGCACAGCGCACCAGAAGGGCGGCGUCGGCGCCUGCGUGGGCGACACGGGCGGCCCGCUGGUCUGCAACGGCUUCCUGGCCGGGACGGUGUCCUGGGGCUCUGGCUGCGGGGCCAACGCGCGGCCCACGGUGUACACGAGCGUGGUGGACCACGUGGAGUGGGUGCGCGCGCAGAUGGCGUCUUUUGAAUACUAUUAA